AUGACCCUAUUCACGCACGCUGAUGGCGCCGAAUCAAGCGCCGAAUCAUUUAACACGGCGAGCUUGACGCCAAACGGCGCGUUCACGCCCGCCACCGAACUUGAAGGAGAUGUAUCCACCAGAAUAUGGCUCGAGUUGGCAAGGGCCGUAAGAACCAAUCAUACGCACGACCCUACGCCUGGCGACACCGUCAUCAUCGUCGACAAAACCUUCGCCCGAGUCUUGGCCUGCCAUCCAGGGGGUCAUCUGAUCCUUGACGACAUCACUGAGGUUCCGUAA